AUGGGAGGCGACCUCAACCUCAAGAAAUCAUGGCACCCAUCGCUUCUCCGCAACCAAGAGCGGGUGUGGCAGGAGGAGAAACGCGCGCUGGAGGAACGCAAGCGCAUCGACCAGCUGCGGCGCGAGCGCGAUGAAGAGCGCCAAAUCCAGGAACUGCAGCGCCUCCACGAAGACUCGGGCAAGCCGCGCCAGCAGAACCGCGUUGACUGGAUGUACCAGGCGCCGUCCAGCGCGACGGGCCACUACUCCGAGGAAAUGGAGGGGUAUCUGCUGGGCAAGCGGCGCAUCGACGGCAUCCUCCUCAAGAACGACGAAAGCAAGAAGCUCGAGAAAGGCGCGACCGAUUUUGCGAGCAGUAUUGCAGCGCCCCCCUCCGCGGCUGCACCGGCCACCAACGCCCGCGAUACCAUGACGAAAGUGCUGGCCGAUCCGUUGCUGGAGAUCAAGAAGCGCGAGCAGGCCGCGUAUGAGAACAUGGUGAAGGAGUCGGUGCGCAAGAGUCGCUCUGAGCGGAGUGAGCGUGACGGUGGCCGCGAGAGGAGUCACAGGCACCGCAGGGACAGCGCGGAGGACUCUCGGUCACAUCGCCAUCAUCGGCGGUCGCAUCGGCAUCGGUCGCGCUCGCCGGCGGAGCGAUCGCCCGAACGGUCGUCGCACCGGAGACGGCGGGAUGAUUAUCGGGAUGAUAGGGAUCGGAGGGAUCGCAAUAGACGGGAUGAUCGUGAUCGCGAUCGUGACCGCAAGGACCGUGACCAUGACCGGGAUCGGGAUCGGGAUGAUAGAGACGAUCGCCGUUCGAGCCACCGCGACCGAGACCGUGGAUCGCCGUCCCCCCGUCGCCAUUCUGAGAGACGCCGUGAUGACGACAGGAGCAAUGGGCGACGCUAUGAUCAGGACCGCCGAGACAGACCUUACCGUCCCAACGACAGAGACCGGAGAGACGACCGCGCUCGGCCACGGGAGCGAGAUGCGGACGACAGCUCGAAAGCGCGCGAUUUGGAAGCAGAUCGCCAGCGCAGACUCGCUGAGAUGAUGUCGAACGCGAACGAAAUGGAGGAGACGCGUCGCCACCGCAUCGCCGAAGUCACGGCCCAGGAGGAGAAACAACUCGCGGCGGACGAGAAACAGCGCUCUGAACGCGGACGGUUCGUCUCAGGACUGCAUCGACAGCUCCAGGAGGAUAGCCUAGAUGAGCGGAUCCGUCGCAGCCGUGGUGGACUGGCCAAGAUGGAAGAUUGA